UUUCAAGCAUUUUCAUCUGUCAUAAUCAAUGAAUUCCACGUUUUCUGCGUAGUGCAUAACGUCGACAUAUGGAAUGUAAUCGAGGCAUUCCGAGAAAACGGUUUAAACACGUUGGAACCAUCGAGCACGCUGGGAGUGUCGAGGCUCGAAACCUUACUGUCUUCCUUAUUUCACGCCCUUAAUAAACGAGUGCCUGUUUCGCAACAAGCCAAAGUCGAUGCUACAACAGCUCUGUUGAUGAAUUGGCUGCUCGCUGCCUAUACUACUGGGGAAAACAAUAAGAUAUCGGUGUUCUCGGUGAAGGUGGCUCUGGCCACGUUGUGCGCUGGGAAAUUGAUGGACAAGUUUCGAUAUAUAUACUCGCAAAUAUCUGACGGGAACGGGCACAUGAUACAUUGGAGGUUCGCCGAGUAUUUGAAAGAAGUUCUGGCGUUAACGGCUGCGGUUUACGAGUCACCGUCUUUCGGAUACUCCGAGGGCCUCGCCAAUUCAAUAUUCCCUCAAAACUCGAGAGUCACGGUUAACGAUUUUUUGGACACGCUUAUGUCUGAUCCAGGACCGCACUGUUUAAUCUGGCUUCCAUUGUACCACAGAAUGGCUGCUGUUGAGACCGUGGCCCAUCCCGUCAUGUGCGACGCGUGUCACAAAGAGAACUUCACCGGCUUCCGAUACAGAUGUCAGAAAUGCCACUCGUAUCAGCUUUGCCAAGACUGUUUUUGGCGCGGUAAAGUUUCCGGGACACAUAAUAACGAUCACGAAACGAGGGAGUACAGUAGUUUUAAAUCGCCGAGCAAACAAAUCGGGCACUCCCUGAGGAAGAGCUUCAGAUGCGUACCUGAAAAAGGGAAGAACAGUUUACCGAGAUUUCCAGAGCAACCUGAGAAGACGUUAGACUUGUCGCACAUAGUCCCCCCAUCACCUCUACCAUCUCACAACGGGUUUCCAGAUCCAGGUUUUAUGGCUCCGUUCGACUCUGGAUCAAUGGAUAGCCGUUCUACCUUGAGGAGUAUGGAUAGUUCAAGACUGGAUGAUGAACAUAAAUUAAUAGCACGAUACGCACAAAGGUUGGCUCAGGAAGCUAGGACCAUGCCUCGUGCCUCGUCCAGAAUGUCGCAAGCUGAGCAAGCAGGUAGGGCGCCGUCCGACGCAAAUUUGGCAUCCUUGGAUGCCUCGAGGGCACAACGCGAGCUUAUAUCGCAGUUGGAAGCGAAGAACAAGGAAAUAAUGCGCGAGAUUGCAAGGUUAAGGAGACAACAAGAGAUAGAAGCUGCUGGCUUAGAAAAUCCGGCGUUGAUGUCUGAACUGAGAGCUCUGAGACAGAGAAAAGAUGAGCUAGAGAGUCAUUUGGCAACGUUGCAAGAUUCUAGGAAACAGUUGAUGAUACAACUGGAAGGUUUAAUGAAAAUGUUAAAGAAUCAUCAGGCAUCUCCGAGAUCGACACCAAACAGUUCACCACGGAGUACGAAAUCACCUCCCUUGCCGCCAGGUGCUGUUCCAAGCAGUAGAUCGGCCCCCCCAACUCCGGGUGGUCCUUUGUCUACAACCCCGCAGCAACAGCAGCAACAGACCCAAAAUCAACAACAGAUGUCUCAAAGUUAUCAAAGCUCUGUUCCAACAACGUCAGUGGCAAACGUGCCGACUAACGCUAUGCUUGGAACGAUACAAAAUCCUAUUCCAGAUAACUUGUCGUGUGUCGGAGGUGACGUAAGGUCUGCGUUCAGGACAAACAGCUUGCCAGGAAGUGGUUCCAGCAGCGCGAAUAAUAGCUUGGGCCGAUCUUUGCGAAACGACUUGUUGGUAGCUGCUGACAGUGUUACUAAUGCCAUGUCAACACUCGUGAGGGAACUGAAUUCAGACUCAGACCAGGAGGAUCAUUCUCACAACUCUGGCCGAAUUAACAUCAGAAAGCCGUUAGACUUCGAGGCUGGUGAAGACGGAGACGAUAGUAGCGGCGGUGGAAAUUCUUGGCGGGAAGAACUCCAACGUCGCUAUCAGCAAGAAAAUGAUUUUUUGGCUGAAUUGCGAGCACGUAACGUUAACAUGUCGCAAACACCAUCUGCUACUCCUUCCAGUGAACAAGAACAAGAAAGAGGAGAGAGAGAAGAAGCAGAUGGAGAAAAAGAAGAGGAUAACGAAAACAAUUGGACAGAACCAGUGAUGAGAUUGAGACCAGUCAAUCGAUAAGUUCACUUAAGAACGUUCACACGUAUUUUAUAACAGCUUAGAAACUGAGUUUAGUGAAGUUAGCACCUCCAAAUGCAAAUUUCGAUUUUAAUUUGUCCACCUUUCAGAAAAAAGUUACACCACAAACAAGCCAUUUGAAGUCAACACACCUAUAUAGACCUUUGUUUAAGGGUUUUCUUAGCAAAUGUGUCUCUCCACAUUUUGUCCACUAAUGUUUUUCGUUUGUCCAACAAGUAUUUUCGUUUGUCCACCCCUCAGAAAAAAGAUACACUUCAAUU